AUGCUACACAUCGGAAUACCCAGAAAUAGGGUUUGUCCCUCCGUGCAUCGGGGGAGCGACCGACGAGCUAUUUACUCGCGCAACAGCAAAGGGCCAACCAAGGGCCAACCUCUGACAUUCUCAGAACGCAUUUCGGCCGAUCACAUCGGUCAAUCUACCAAUUCCCUCAUCGCCAUGACCACUCUAGUCGCGACGCGAAAGCGCGAAUUUCACGAUCCUCCCCGGCUCGAUCCUGUGGCAGUCCCGAAGAAAAUCCAAUCGCGUGAAUACCUGGAGAGCGAAAAGCGAUAUCUUGAAAAUCCCAGCUGUCUCGCAAAACUGACGGAAAGCAUCUCAACCUCUGAGUUCCACUGGCCUAUCAAGGACAUCCGAAGCGAAGAGAAGAUCUCGUGA